UCAUGCCCCUGGCCGCUGUCAUCCGAGAACACACGCAACCAUGAUGGCGGCCUUCGGUGUGGCUCGGAGCAGCUGCGGACUGGUAAAUGGGUUGAGGAUAUCUCUCAGGGGUCUGGCCCAAGUCAAACAUGGCGCAGUCGCCGCCGCGGUGCCGCAGACGAGACUGCAACGGGACAGCCGCUGGUACUCGGUCAGCCACCCGUCCGUUAAAGAGAGGAUUGACAAGAAACGAAAGGCGGCGCUUGUCGGGGGAGGUCAGAAGAGAAUAGAUGCACAACACAAAAGGGGUAAACUGACCGCCAGGGAGCGAGUGGAGCUGCUGUUGGACCCCGAGUCCUUUGUGGAGACAGACAUGUUUGUGGAGCAUCGCUGCUCCGACUUUGGCAUGGAGCAGGACAGAAACAAGUUCCCGGGUGACAGCGUCGUGACAGGCCGAGGCAGGAUUAAUGGCCGACUGGUCUAUGUAUUUAGUCAGGACUUCACAGUGUUUGGCGGCAGUCUCUCUGGAGCUCAUGCACAGAAGAUCUGUAAGAUCAUGGACCAGGCCAUGACAGUUGGAGCCCCGGUCAUUGGGCUGAAUGACUCUGGAGGAGCUCGGAUCCAGGAAGGAGUGGAGUCUCUGGCCGGAUAUGCAGAUAUAUUCCUGAGGAAUGUGAUGGCUUCAGGAGUUGUCCCUCAGAUCUCCCUCAUCAUGGGUCCCUGUGCAGGAGGGGCCGUCUACUCCCCCGCGCUGACAGAUUUCACCUUCAUGGUUAAGGACACAUCAUACCUGUUCAUCACAGGACCGGACGUUGUGAAGUCUGUCACCAACGAAGACGUGACUCAAGAGGAGCUCGGUGGAGCCAAAACGCACACCUCCGUGUCUGGCGUGGCUCACCAUGCAUUUGAGAAUGACGUUGAGGCCCUCCUGAGUCUGCGGGAGUUCUUCAACUUCCUGCCGCUUAGCAAUCAGGAUCCUUCCCCUGUCAGGGAGUGCCACGACCGCAGUGAUCGCCUGGUACCUUCAUUGGACACCAUCGUCCCGUUUGAGUCAACCAAAGCUUAUGACAUGUUGGACAUCAUUCGAGCAAUAGUGGAUGAGAAGGACUUCUUUGAGAUCAUGCCCAACUACGCCAAGAACAUUGUGGUGGGCUUCGCCCGCAUGAAUGGACGCACGGUGGGCAUCGUGGGUAACCAGCCCAAAGUAGCUUCUGGUUGUUUGGACAUCAACUCCUCAGUGAAGGGAGCCCGCUUUGUACGCUUCUGUGAUGCUUUCAACAUUCCUAUCAUCACCUUUGUGGAUGUGCCGGGCUUCCUGCCAGGUACCGCUCAGGAGUAUGGAGGCAUCAUCAGGCACGGAGCCAAACUGCUGUUUGCUUUCGCAGAGGCCACCGUCCCAAAAAUAACCGUCAUUACAAGAAAGGCUUACGGAGGAGCCUAUGAUGUGAUGAGCUCCAAACACCUGAGAGGAGAUAUUUCUUUAGGAUUUGACAGUGUGUAUGGUUUUUUUUUUUUUUUUCAGGGUGCUGUUCAGAUUAUCUUCAGAGGGAAGGAGAACCAGGCGGAGGCGGAGGCUGAAUACGUGGAAAAGUUUGCCAAUCCCUUCCCAGCUGCUGUUAGAGGUUUUGUGGAUGACAUCAUCGAGCCGUCGACCACGCGCAGGAAGAUUUGUACAGAUCUGGAAGUGCUGGCCAGCAAGAAGCAAGUCAACCCCUGGAAGAAACACGCCAACAUUCCUCUGUGAAACGUACCCAGGCAGUUUUCACAUGAUCACUAAUCUAAGGGCACUCUAAAGGCUGUAGGAUUUUUCGUGUAUCAAGUCUACCUUCAAACUGCAGCGGUACCUCGUGAUGAUGACUUCAGUAGCCUGCCAAGCAGAUGUUAGUUGUCAUAUUUCACUGUUUCUCCUUGCUGUUCAUUUACCACUCCACUAGAGGCAACACAUGGAGAUACACUCCCUGAUUUGGUUCAUGCUUAAUAGUGAUUUUGGAUUCCCAAAUUUUCUCCCAGCUCACUGCUCAAUUUUUUUUUUAGCAGUAAACUGUGUUAAAGCAUCAGCCUCAAGCUUUGAGAAAUUUUUAAGAUUUGGGGGAAAUAUUGGUGCUCUUUGAACAAAAUCAGGACGUGUAUAUUUACAUCUUCACCACUGAUAUGCAAGAUGUUAUUUUGAAAAGCUUAAACAUUUUACACUACCUGAAUGGAAUAAUCAAUACAUUUUAAAUGUCAGUAGUGGCCAUAUUGGUCACUAUUGUUGGUAUGAUUUGAUAUCCUCAGAACAAAGGCUGUAUCUGAAAGGGCAGAUUACAUAUAGCUGAUAAUAUGCAUCCUAAAAAUCGCAGGCAACUAUCAACGUGAUAGUUUUAGCGGACAAUGCGAACACUCUGUGGUCUGUUGUCACGUACAGUGUUUCCAAACCCUGUUGAUGUACUGUAUGAAGUUUUCCUUGGUUGUACAGUAGUUUGCGCUUUCAGAUGCACUCCCUGUGUUUCACGUCCUCCGUUGAGGUAAAGAAAAAUUCAUCCCCUCAACCCGGAACUGUGCCUUUUCUCUCUGGCAGGCUCUGUUCUGCCAUCUGUGAAAUAAAUCAUGGACUCAAUACCAGUGGUGUUUUAUU